AUGUCGACGCUCACUCCACCCUUUGCACCUUUCGCCUGUCCGCAAUGCUCGGAUGUCUUCACCAGGAGGGAGAAUCUAGCUCGUCAUCAGCGUUCGCGUACGUCCAUUGCGCUGUCCGAUUGCGCUACAUGCACGUUGCCUAAGCUGACUAUCUCAGGUCAUUCAAAGACAUUAGGGGAAGCAAAAAAGUACGCUUGCGAGCGGUGUGGCUCUACGUACUCUAGACAAGACGUCUUGAGCCGUCACGAACAAAGAUGUGCGCGAGGACUGCGCACGCGUAGAAAACCAAGGAAGCUCCAUGACCAGACUGGUCAAUCGACGGCUUCGCCGGAACGACACCAAGCAGAGACAGAUGGCUCUCCACUUGGACAGGUGCACAAUACUAUCGACCCAGACUUCACGAACGAUGUAAAUUCGAUGCAAACUGAAGCUCAGUCCGCCACUAUCAUUGACCCGGAUAUCGCCAACGGGUCUGACGAACUCCUCUACCCGCAGCCAUGCCCAAGAGCGUCGCUAUACUCUCGCUAUGGUAGGCAUCCUGUGUCAAUCUCGUGAGUGUCGAGCAGCGAUAACAAACGAGCGUAGAUAUCCCACCUCGAGUUGCAGCUUCGGAUGUUGCUGCUUACUUUGCUCAUUUCCACGCUUUCAUGCCGGUGAUACAUCGGCCAAGCUUCUCGCUCUACACCAGUCAGGAGAUGCUUGUCUCUGUCGUCAUUGCAAUCGGGAGCAUGUACGCACCCUCGAAAGACCGGUCUGCGACGAGGCAAAAGAGUCACCGCAUGUGGAGUGACGGCAUCAAAAGUCUCCGGAUUCAUAUGCAAAAGACCUCGGUACCAUUCCAGGAGCCCUGGGUUCUGCAGGGGUGCGUGCUUCACCUGGUCUACGGGUUCUACUUCGCCGACUCUAACGCCUCGAACUCUUCGUGGAGCCUACUGCAGGCUUUGGUGCGGGAUCUGCGAUCUCUGGGUCUCAUGAACGAGCAGCUCACCCUCGUUGCGAAUUCAGUGAAGCCUUGGGCUGCACGCGUGCAAGGAUCCGCAGCAUGGACUUUGGACGACAUGUCCAAAUGCUGGACAGAUUUCUCUUCUCAAGAAGCAUUCCGUCUAUGCGUAUGGGCGCUGGGCAUGAUCAGCCAGCAUGUGGCAGCGACGUGCAACACUCGAGCCAUAAUACCCGCCACCGAGUUAAGCUGGGAGCUUCCACCGUCUUCUGACAUUUGGGAAGCGCCCACUGCAGACGAGUGGCUUCUGACCGUGCAAGAGCAGAUUCAAGCGGGACUGCUGACCUUGCCCGGGCAGCCAAGCCGUGGUCCUGAUAUCUCAUCAUUGUCGUCGGUGACACAAGCUCUGAUGACAGCCAGCCCAUCUGUCUAUCUGCUCAACCGACUGUCGGCCUGCCCAUUUGCAACGAUCUGCGUGCUUUUCAACAUUGAAGCAUUAACCAGAGAUUUCACCUCUGCAUACUACCAGAUGCCGCCGGUGCUGCCGGAUCCCUCUGCUUAUCACGCGCUCGCUCCGGAACAGAACAGACCUAUCAAUGCCGCAAUCAAUGCGGUGCUAGGCAUCUCGACUCACACGAAGGUCAACCGUGAGCAAAUCAAUCGACUCCUACAGCUCGGUUGCUGGAGCGCACGUCUAUGUCUCUCUGAACCCGACGACCUACUCAUCUCAGGCAUCGUCGACAAUGCAGUUACAGCAGGUCUUGCAACGACGGCGCACCUCAUACUGGGCAGCACCGUUGCCACUAGACGAGCAGUGACAUCCAUCAGAAGACGCUUUGGUGACGAUGCAUCGAUUACCGCUUGGGAUGACAUGCUCAAGUCCUUAUCCAUGAUGAUCGAAGCUAAAAACAGCAGAGGCUCGCAGCCGCCGUGGAUGACGGUACUUGAAUUUCGACUUGUCACGGUGCUCUGGCGCACUUUGCGGAAAGCCAUUGGUGAACUGGAAUCUCGCAAUCUGCACGAGAAUGGUGCUGGUCUGCAUGCUCUGAGUCCUGCUGCUGUGAUGUCUUCACUGAUGAUCGAGAGAACUAAGCAGCAUUUUGGUGAGGGAAGGGAGAUGCCUGGAUAUGAGGAUUUGCGUGGCUUCGAAGCGGCAUUUAUCUCCUCCAUUGGAAGUGUGUUUGAUGCCGUGACGACGCCCGUCGGAGAAGCGGCAUCAGGUAUUCUGAGAGAGAUAUGUGAUCUCCUCGUGGCGGGUACCACGAUAUGA